CGCCCGCCGCCUGCCGCGGAUCGCGUGGUCGCCUCGGCUCGCCGCGCCUCUCCCCCGUCCGUCCAUAUUGCUGCAGCCCCCGAGCCGGGAAGCCCGGGCCGCCCCGGCGGCGGGGGGGGAGGGAGGGACGGGACGAGAAGCCUGCCAGGCUCGGGGUGGGGGCGCCUUGCGAGGAACGGGCGGGGGGGGACGCGCGCCGAGGAGGCCUGGACCGCAGAGUGGGGGGCCUUCCUACCCCCCCCGCCCCGCCAGCGGGCCUCGGAUCUACGGCGGCUGCAUCCGACCGCGAGGGGGGCCGCGCCUAGCGUGAACCCCGACCCUUCUCCGCAGGGACUGGGGCCCAGCGCCCCGGAGGAAGGCGUCGCGGGUGCCCUGAAAGCCAAGUUCGAGGCGGGGGAGGCAGCCUCGGGCGCGCCCGGCUUCUCCGGGGGGGCGGGCGCGCAGAUGGCCACUCAGGUGGAGCCGCUGCUGCCGGGGGGCGCCCCCCUCUUGCAGGCCGAAGAGCACGGGGGUCUGGUGAGGAAGAAGCCGCCGCCGCCGCAGCCCGAGGGCAAGGGCGAACCCGGGGCGAACGACGUCGGAGGGGGGGAGCCGGACGGCGGCGCCCGGAGACCUCGGCCGCCCUGCGCCAAGCCACACAAGGAGGGCACCGGGCAGCUGGAGCGCGAGAGCCCGCGGCCGCCGCAGCCGCCGGGCGCCGAGGGCCUGGCGAUCAGCGACGGGGAGGAGGGCGGCGGCGGUGAGCCGGGCGCUGGCGGAGGAGCGGCUGGAGCCGCGGGCGCCGGGCGUCGUGACUUCGUGGAGGCCCCUCCGCCCAAGGUGAACCCGUGGACUAAGAACGCGCUGCCGCCGGUCCUGGCCACGGUGAACGGACAGUCCCCUCCAGAACAUUCUGCUCCAGCCAAAGUGGUGAGGGCGGCAGUUCCUAAACAGCGCAAAGGCAGCAAGGUUGGUGACUUUGGAGAUGCAAUCAACUGGCCCACACCUGGAGAGAUAGCCCACAAGAGUGUACAGCCACAGUCCCACAAGUCCCAGCCUGCCCGGAAGCUGCCACCCAGAAAAGACAUGAAGGAACAGGAGAAAGGAGAGGGAAGCGAUAGUAAAGAGAGCCCGAAAACCAAAUCAGAUGAAUCUGGGGAGGAGAAGAAUGGGGACGAGGACUGCCAGCGAGGGGGCCAGAAAAAGAAAGGGAACAAACACAAGUGGGUUCCGUUGCAAAUAGACAUGAAGCCUGAGGUGCCCAGAGAAAAACUGGUCUCACGCCCUGCUCGCCCACCAGAGCCACGGCACACAGCUGCCAACCGAGGGGAGAUCAAAGGGUCUGAGCCUGCCACCUACGUGCCCGUACCCAUGGCCCCCCCAACCCCAGCCUGGCAACCAGAGACCAAACCGGAGCCUGCCUGGCACGACCAGGACGAGACAUCGAGUGUGAAGAGUGAUGGGGCUGGUGGGGCGCGGGCUUCCUUCCGUGGCCGUGGACGGGGGCGUGGUCGCGGCCGGGGACGCGGCCGGGGUGGCACUCGAACCCAUUUUGACUACCAAUUUGGCUACCGAAAGUUUGACGGUGCAGAGGGGCCUCGCACCCCCAAGUACAUGAACAACAUCACCUACUACUUUGACAAUGUCAGCAGCACUGAGCUUUACAGUGUGGACCAGGAGCUGCUCAAAGACUACAUCAAGCGGCAGAUCGAAUACUACUUCAGCGUGGACAAUUUAGAGCGAGACUUCUUCCUGCGACGGAAAAUGGAUGCUGACGGUUUCCUUCCCAUCACCCUUAUUGCUUCCUUCCACCGAGUGCAGGCCCUUACCACUGACAUUUCACUCAUCUUUGCGGCCCUAAAGGACAGCAAGGUGGUGGAGAUCGUUGAUGAGAAAGUCCGCAGGAGGGAGGAGCCAGAGAAAUGGCCUCUUCCUGGUCCCCCAAUAGUGGAUUAUUCUCAGACUGAUUUCUCCCAGCUUCUCAACUGCCCCGAGUUUGUACGUCAGCAUUACCAGAAGGAGACAGAGUCAGCGCCUGGUUCUCCCCGGGCCGUCACCCCAGUGCCAACCAAAACAGAGGAGGUCAGCAACCUAAAGACGCUGCCCAAGGGCCUGUCUGCCAGCCUGCCUGACCUGGAUUCUGAGAACUGGAUCGAAGUAAAGAAGAGGCCGCGGCCGUCCCCAGCACGGCCCAAGAAGUCCGAGGAACCCAGGUUCCUCCACCCGACCUCUCUGCCUCAGCAGCUGCCCUCUCAGCAGCUCAUGUCCAAGGAGCAGGAGGAGCAAGAGGAGCUCGAUUUCCUGUUUGACGAGGAGAUGGAGCAAAUGGAUGGGCGGAAGAACACCUUCACCGCCUGGUCUGAUGAGGACUCUGACUAUGAGAUUGAUGACCGGGAUGUAAACAAGAUCCUCAUUGUCACCCAGACGCCGCCUUACAUGCGUCGGCACCCUGGGGGGGACCGCACAGGCAACCAUACCUCGCGUGCCAAGAUGAGCGCGGAGCUGGCCAAGGUCAUUAACGAUGGGCUCUUCUACUACGAGCAGGACCUGUGGACCGAGAAGUUUGAGCCUGAGUAUUCCCAGAUCAAGCAAGAAGUCGAGAACUUCAAGAAAGUCAACAUGAUCAGCCGGGAGCAGUUUGAUACACUAACCCCAGAGCCCCCCGUGGAUCCCAACCAGGAGGUCCCUCCUGGGCCACCCCGCUUCCAACAAGUCCCCACCGACGCCCUGGCCAACAAACUGUUUGGAGCUCCUGAGCCCUCCACCAUCGCCCGUUCUCUACCAACCACUGUCCCAGAGUCGCCAAACUACCGCAAUGCCAGGACCCCCCGCACUCCCCGGACACCACAGCUCAAAGACUCAAGUCAGACAUCACGGUUUUACCCAGUAGUGAAAGAAGGACGGACGCUAGAUGCCAAGAUGCCUCGAAAAAGGAAGACAAGACACAGCUCAAACCCACCCCUGGAGAGUCACGUGGGCUGGGUGAUGGAUUCCCGAGAGCACAGGCCCCGGACGGCAUCCAUCAGCUCCAGCCCCUCAGAAGGGACACCUGCAGUUGGCAGCUAUGGCUGUACCCCACAGUCUCUGCCCAAGUUCCAGCACCCUUCCCAUGAGCUGCUUAAGGAAAAUGGCUUCACACAACACGUCUACCACAAGUAUCGUAGGCGCUGCCUUAAUGAGCGGAAACGCUUGGGCAUUGGCCAGUCUCAGGAGAUGAACACUCUCUUCCGCUUCUGGUCCUUCUUCCUCCGAGAUCACUUCAACAAGAAGAUGUAUGAGGAGUUCAAGCAGCUGGCUCUGGAGGAUGCCAAAGAAGGCUACAGAUAUGGUUUGGAGUGCCUUUUUCGAUACUACAGUUAUGGCCUGGAAAAGAAGUUCCGGCUGGAUAUCUUCAAGGAUUUUCAGGAGGAAACGGUGAAGGACUAUGAAGCUGGCCAACUCUAUGGACUGGAGAAGUUCUGGGCCUUCUUGAAAUAUUCCAAAGCCAAAAAUUUGGACAUUGACCCCAAACUUCAAGAAUACCUCGGCAAAUUCCGACGUCUGGAGGACUUCCGAGUGGAUCCCCCAAUGGGUGAGGAGGGCAACCACAAGCGACACCCAGUGGCGGCAGGAGGUGGCAGCGGUGAGGGCAGGAAGCGAUGCCCCUCCCAGUCUUCCAGCAGGCCCGCCACCAUGAUCAGCCAACCCCCUACACCACCCACUGGCCAGCCUGUCCGGGAAGAUGCCAAAUGGACGAGCCAGCACUCGGACACACAGACUUUGGGAAAGUGAAAAGCCCAUUAGCCCUGGGGUUUGGGGGGUGGGGAUGGGGUGGGCAAGAGUCCAUGGGGGUGCCCAGUCCCAGGAGAGGGGACAGAGAAGGGACAGGCCUCGAGUCAUUAGAAUGGGCCUUCGUGCUGAGUAGCAACGUGUAUACCAUUUGGGCUAUCAGAGGUACCCCUGGGCAGGAGCCUCCACACACCCUCUUCCCCUUCCUCUCUCCAUGACUCUUCUUCACAUCCUAGCUUCUUCUAAGGGGGGGGAGGGAAAGGGGGGAGAUUUUUUUUAUAUAUAUAUAUAUAUAUAUAUCAAGUUUUAAAUUAUUGAUAGUUCGUCUGGAUUACCAAAAUCACUCUGUAGCCCUGCCCGCGGCUGGUAGGCCGCCACCCUGGUUCCCAGCCACAGCCUCCUGCUCCCCCUCAAGCCAACUAUGCAGCCCACAAGAAGGCCCUGUGGGCCCCAUUGCCCAGCACUGUCCCAUGCAAGGCUCUGGCAGCGUCCCUGGGCCCCACAAGCAUCAGCCCUCUGAUCAUCUGGGGCUUGUCAUCACCAUGUUCUCCCCCUGCUGUCCCCACCAUGCCCUUCUGCCAUCUUCUGGGAGAAGGAAACCAAAGGAUCUAGAAGUGGGGGCAGGGGAAGGUUUCAUCCUCUCCCCACCCCCCUCUCCCCAUACCCCUUACUCCCCAGCCCAGAGACGCUGCUCAUACCAGAAAAGACUAUUGAAAGAUGAUUUAUUUUAUUUUUCUCUGACCUUUCCAUCCUUGGAAAAAUGGAAAAAAAAAAAAAAAAAAAAAAAAGACAAAAUCGACCACAAAAGACCAAAAAAAUAAAUCAGAAAACCCCCACCUAAUCCACAGAAAGUGAUGUCUUUCCCCUACCCUUGGAUUUUGUUUUUUGUUUUGUUUUGUUCUUGGAAAUAAUAUUUUUUUAAAAGUU